GCUAGCAACACGCGUCUAGCCUAGGCCCCUCCGUUUUGUUCCAGAUAUAGCACCCACCUCAACACCGCUUAUGCAGUCUGGAUUGAUUUUGUUGCUUCAACCCGACAAGCUCUUCUUCGACAAUUUCGAAAAGGAUUAUCGAGGCUGCCGCGUUCGCUCAGGAUAUCACGAUGACUGACCAGAAAAAGGAAAAGGAUACCUUUCAUUUCGUGGCGUUUCAAGAUCCUUCGAAUGCCGCAGCCCGGAAGUCGUUAGAAAAGUCCCGAGCACGGGCUCACGCCGCUCGAGUAACACAUUCGAGGAGAAAAGCAAAGCGUGGGCAGACCGUUGUCAAAUGGAUCAUCGAGGGCUCCGGCUCUCAUGAAGACAACACUCCAAAGCCCGAGAAAGACAAGGUCCAGGUAACUGAAUUCAAGAUCAGCCCGCUCUCAUACCUUUCGCAAGACAAGGUCGACCCUUUCGGAUCGAACCCCCACACCGCAUUGCCGAGAUAUCUGCAAUCAAUUCUUGAUUACGCCUAUGAGAGUAUACACCCGAAGCUAAUAACUGUCGCCUCGGUGAAUGAUGUGUCGACGGUCAAAAUAGCCUGGAAACGCAUCGGACAAGAGUGGCCAUUGAUGUUCCACCUGCAAGUUGCUUCUGCGGCGAACCUCGUCCGCGCAGGCGCUGACAACGAGCGAUUUCCCAACAAGAUCGAGGUGCUGCGACUGAGACACCAGGCUCGUGGGUUAGCUCUGGUUACGAAGGAGCUUCAGAACCUCAAAGGUCCGGCACCCGAUUCAUUGAUCAUGGCAUUGAUCAUGGUUGCAAACCUGACCGACCCCAAUCCGGCCCAAUUUCCAGAAACGUUUCGGCCCUCUCCCUUGGCGACUGCUCAAAAUCUACACCUCUAUGCUAGACUUACAGUGAUACCUUCUAUGAUCCAAGCACUAAUGGAAGUUGUCGUCAAACGUGGCGGGAUAGAAGCUAUGCAACAAUAUGGACUCCGACAACUUCUUCAAUUCGCCGACCUGAUGGUCAGCUCGAGGCUCGGUAUGCCACCUUCUUUUCCGUGGGUGCUUCCAACCUUCUCCAUUCUCAAAGGACCGAAGUAUCAGCCUGACCAUGAUGCCGUCAUGAUGUCAAUGGUGGUGGGCACCGGCUUCAAACAAUUAGACCCAAUAGGUAUGGAGCUGGCAAACGCUUUGAGGGCUGUAGGCGAUGUCACUGUCGCUCUGGACCAUUACCAAGAGCGCCGUCCAAACGGCCCGAAUCUGACUGAUAUAGUCAAUGCGGCGAAUGAAGCUCACCACAAGCUAUCAAGUCUUAGGCCUAGGAUAACUCUCGAUCCGCAAAAGGCCGAUUAUUUGUGGAAUCUUUGCCGCGUGGCUGGUCUCAUCUACAGCGAUUUGGUAUUGUUUCCCCUGCCACCCACGACCGGUGCCAGACCUCGGAUGGCUGGAGAGCUUCGCGUUGCAAUGGAAAAUUUCGAGGUGUUCCAGGCAGAAGAAACUGCUCAUCUUGACCAGAGCACCAAAACAGAGGAUUACACCUGUCUGGUGAUGUGGGCGUUGAUGCUCGGAGGUCUUGCUGCGCUAAACACACCCCACAAGCGAUACUUUGUUCAGAAGAUGCAGGAAUACGUGGUCCGAUGGCCAUAUGCUACCGACUGGACUGCCUACACAAGUCUUAUGGCGACAUAUCUGUGGUGGGACUACAUAUUUGCAGAGCCGGUGGCAAAGCUAUGGACAGAGGUUACCUUGUCCGUCACGGACAUGCCGCCCCAAGACUCUUUAUUUACACACCACAAUGACGACCCUUCUCCGUCGGACGGGACACCGGUCCUGCAAACCCAACAGAACAAUGCGACUAGCCUCCAUCCACUGACCGGUAUACCGACCCCGAGUUCUAUUGCGUGACCUCCGCAUCUGCUUAGGAAGGUUCAGUCGAGACUAUGGUCUGAUCUUCAUGACACCACAAUAUCUGCAUCAAGCAUUUAUUGACUUGAUGAUGCUGUCUACAAACAUAUCAGGCUGGCUAAGGAAGGGCGAAUGUCCCGCUCCACACCUAAAUUCUUGCACGUCCAAACCUGAUUGCUUCACCAUCAUCUCCUGCAUGUGGAGUAGGAGAGCUUGGUCAUCUUCACAGUACAGGUACGUCACUGGAAUACCGGCAUAUGCGACCUGGGUCAACGGCGUCUUCGUCGCGACGCAGCAAUGGUGUCUCAACUUCGACACCCAACGCUUCUGUUCUUCCGCUGGCAGAUCAUUGUAGAACACUUGCUCGGGAGUGGUGGCGUUGGUGCUACCGUCUUCCUGAAGACCCCAAAAGAGUUAGGAUUGUUGGAGGAAUACAGACAACGCCUAUACUUGCCUCUUCUUUGACCCACGGCGGCAGACCACCGAGCCCAGCAACUAGAGACUUUCCCAGAGGCAGAAGAAAGGCACAGGCAUAAAACAAACGGACUAUGCCGCCUGUCUGGCCUCGCUUCAGCCUCUCAGUUUUCCCUAACCCGGCGGCAGCUUGCGUCCCCACCAUACCGCCAUACGAAUGCAUCACCAAUACAACCUCUUCCCCUUGCUCGACGAAUUGCUCCAAUUCAGUCCGGACAUAUGCUGCGUCGUCGUAUAAGGUUGUCGUCGCGGGAUCUGCUCCUGUGGAGGGCUGUUGGGGACAGAUGGUGGUAUACCCACGCGUCUCGAGCUUAGAUUUAACCGGCUCGAAGUGUGCCGGACCGUGCCAUGCUCCGUGAAGGAUGAAUAUCACCGGUUUAGACGCCAUCUCGAGCUCGCUCACUCUUGGACAAGUGAUGAGACUUUGACAUAUCGCAAGGGGCUGGAGGAGUCUUAUAUGUACCACAUCCCUGUCUUCCUUCUGUGUCAAAUCACCUCUGAGGGCCAGAUCUGAGCCUCCAAUGAAUGGUGUAUCCGUAACAACGCUCGCACCGUCCCUUACCUCUUCUCAGUCUCUGCUGCAGG